AUGGAAGAGAUUGUGCCUGAGGUCCAGAUAGCGACAAACCAGGCAUUCUACGGCACGAGUGGGACCUGGAGCCGAGCAGGUGGUAGAGCUCCGAUAUUCGAAUGGUAUGACGUGGAGCUGCCGCUGCCAGGAGAUGGGAACUUCAGGAGUACAUGCAAGAUCUGCAAAACGAGCAUAUCGGCUUCCAGGAGAGCCACCUCCAAUCUCAUUUCCCACAUGAAGAGGAAGCAUCCUGGAGUUUAUGCCGACAACAUAAGUCAGCAGCGGUACAUCAAAACAGAACGCACAGUUCACGGUGUUUCGGUGGCGGACAUUCUACCGGACUCGAACGAAGGCUCGUCGGUCGACGUGCUCCACUCGAGAGCGGUCGGCGCCUUAGUCAACUUCAUGUCCAACUCUUUAAUCGAUCCGAAAUUCUUGGAUUCACCCGAUUUCCGACAGUUCACACAUUGUCUGAACUCGACCUUCGAGCCGCCGUCGAGCUUGCACGUAACGUUUAGUUACCUCCCGUCGAAGCGGUGGGCUCUGCAGCAAAGGAUAUCCCAAUGGCUGCAGGAAGCCGAAUCGGUGGCUAUAACGCAGGACAUCUGGAUAAGUCGCUCCCAGCAGAGCGUCCUCUGCCUAUCCGCACAUUUCAUACACGAUUGGAGCCUGAGAAUGGUGUUCCUCGCGUCGAAGCAUUUCAGUCUGCCGGAUAUCAAAGCGAGUGUCACGGAUCUUUUCGAAGACACAAUCUCCUACUAUAAUCUAUCGCAGAAAAUCUCCCACACGUCGACCAACAAUGCUUCGAAGCUCAUCAAAUCGGCACGGACAUCACUUCCGGGUUUCAUCAUGGAAGACUACGAUGCGAUCGAGGCCCCGUCCGCACUGCAGGAGUGCAGCUCUUCGAUCGACCUCAAAGAUUUGAAUUCCGUAUUCCUCGACGACUUGGGAUGUUUCGCCGAAGCUCUGGAGACCUGCGUGACUUUCGCCACCAAGGACAACGCGUUUCUUGAAGCGGUUCUCUCGAAAAUCAGCACAGUUGUCGAUUACAUUCGGAACGCGGUGUUCCCCAGUCCAGCCCUAGACGAACUUCGGAAUAUCUUGGAGCGUGGUUACUCGACUUGGAAUUUGCAGCUGCGCAUCAUCCGAGCAAUCGUGGCGAACACGACCCACGAGCGCCUACAGACUGCUCUGUCUGGAAUCAAGACGCUCACUCAUGAAGAUUACGCCGUCCUCACCGAACUCGUCGACAUACUGGAGCCUUUCGAGGAGGCGUACAACCUUUUCAGAGACGGACACAAGGUGACCGCGAGUUACGUCAUACCGUGCAUACGUGGACUCAAAAUGCAUUUGCAAAACGUCAAAGUCGUUCAUCUCGUACCAGUGAUCGAGAAACUCAGUCAAUAUAUUUAUACGAAUUUCGCCAAAUACGAGGUCAACGACACGUACGCUUUGUGCUCGAUACUAGACCCACGUUUCAAGCUCGCCUGGUGUCCGGAGGACAGACAGUGCGGGCUGAUCACUCUGCUGUGUAAGAAAGCUUCGGAACAAAGGAUCCCGGAACCGAUUUCCAUUUCAACGUCGAUGGCACUGCCUGGUGAGGAACGAAAGUCAAAGCUUUUCCAAUUCAUGAACCCGCAGUUGAAUCGCAGGUCCAACUCGGUUCACUCGGUCGAAGUCGGGAGCUAUCUCGCGAUGCCCUGCGUUCCGGAUUGUGUCAAUUAUUGCCCGUUGGAUUUCUGGCGUCAGAACAAAAGUCAAUUUCCCUCAUUAUGCCAACUAGCUCGCUCGAUGAUGAAUUUACCCGCCGCGUCGAGUCACGUACUCCACAUGGCCAAAGUGUGCGACCGUGUGAUAGACUUGACCGACCUCAAACUGAACCAGAUUACCUUCGAAUCGCUUAUGUUUGUUAAAAUCAACCGUGCCGGACUCCAAUAGGUAGCACGUUCUCAUGUAUCUAAGUAAUCGCGUUCAAUCUUCCCUGUAGUGCAUUGAUGAGAAAUGACGGUACAAACGAGCAAUAAAGCUCAUUCCCCUGG